GAUGACCGAAGGCUGGUGGUUCGACGGGGACAAGCGUUCCAGUUGAAGAUGGCACUCAGCAGACACUUCAAUGUUAAAACUGACGACCUGACCAUCCUGUUGCAAGUUGAAGAUGAAGAAAUACGUUCUGAUGACACCACUGCCAAAAUACAGCUUUCGAAAGACGAGAAUGAGGUAAAGAAAGGAUGGAACGCUGUAUUAAAGAGCCAAGCGGAUACUUUUAUUACGAUGUCUGUGUCUUCGCCUGCCGAUUGCAUCGUGGCAAAAUGGACGAUUCAAGUCAAAACAGCAACUAAAACUGAAGCUGGGAUCGAAUCGUCUGACUAUACUCUGCCUCUUCCUAUUUACAUACUCUUUAAUCCUUGGUGCGAAAAUGACAACGUCUACAUGGCGGAUGCCAAUCAUAGAGAAGAAUACGUUGAAAAUGAUGAUGGGGUAAUAUUUGUAGGAACUUCCGAUGACAUCAAGAGGAAAGGAUGGUCUUACGCACAAUAUGAUAAGGAUAUACUCGAUUGUGCUGUGUAUUUGAUGAAAAAUAUUGGCAUGAUCAAGGGUCGUGCUAGAGGAGACCCAAUCGCAACAACCCGAGCUCUAUCGGCCGCUGUGAACAAUGAUAUAAGAGGAGAGAUUUCUGAAGAUCACGGAAUAUUGGUUGGGCGGUGGAAUGCACCAUACACAGAUGGCACCCUUCCAAUGGAUUGGUUCGGAUCUUCAAAAAUAAUCCAACAAUAUUACGGAACGAAACAACCCGUGAGAUACGCUCAGUGUUGGGUGUUCGCGGGUACUUUGACAACAGUCCUCAGAGCCUUAGGUAUUCCCUGCCGUCCAGUAUCGUGCUUCACAUCUGCUCACGACAACAACGGGGACUUGAUAAUCCUGAAAGACGAGGAAUCAAUUUGGAACUUCCAUGUCUGGAAUGAGGCUUGGAUGACUCGUCCCGAUCUGGGCACCGAGUACAGCGGUUGGCAGAUCGUCGAUGCCACUCCCCAGGAGAUGUCCAGUGGGAAGUUCCAGUGUGGGCCGGCGUCCCUCGCAGCCAUAUAUAACGGAGACAUGGAUCUUCCGUACGAUAACAAAUUCGUCUUCGCCGAGAUCAACGCUGACUGGAUACAAAUUGGCCCCGAUAAAAAGGUGCAGUUAGUGAACACUACUUCUAUUGGACAAAAAAUCUCAACCAAAGCCAUCGGGAGUUACGAACGAGAGGACCUGACAAAUUGUUACAAAUCACCAGAAGGCAGUAUACGCGAGAGAGAAACGUUUUUAAAGGCUCUGGUGAAGUCUGAAAGUGAAAAAUAUCGGGAAUAUUAUCAAAUUGAAGAUCUCAAUAAGGAUGUCAAGUUUGAGAUUCAGCCCUUCGGGGAUGUUAUGAUCGGACAAGGCUUUGAAGUGGUGUUGAACAUAAAGAAUCAAUCGACCACCAGUUCCCAUCAUGUAACUGGGAGGCUCGAUUUGAGCACAGAAACGUACACCGGUCGCUUCGCCAGCAGUGUUAAGCGCCAAGCGUUCGACGUUCACCUCAAGCCAGAACAGAAGACCAAGGUCAGCGUGAUGGUGACCUUUGAGGACUAUUAUGAAAAGCUGGUCGAGCAGAAUUAUUUCAGAGUCCAAUGCGAAGCAAAUAUAGCAGAAAUACACUUUGAUUAUUAUAUGUCGGAACCGUUCAAAUUUAGAGUCAGGAAUCCUAAAGUAAACAUUGAGUUUGAUGGGUCGGAGACGUUGACGUUGGAGCUAACGAAUCCUCUGCCGAUUGCUUUGAAUAACGGAAAGUUUAGGGUCCAUAUUGCAUCACAGAUAGAGGAAGAAAUCAAACUUAAUCAGAAGAUACCGCCGGGACAGGCGGCCCAAGCGACUAUGAAGGUACCGCAUCUAAGCCCUGGACGUUACAUCGUCCGGGCUCAAUUCUCUUCUGACGAGCUACACUAUCCCGAAGGCUACACCACGCUUAUACUUUAAUUCGUGAAAAUAAUUAUAAUUA